GACUAACACGGCCGAUGUUGCGCUGUGGAGGAGAAUCGAGCGAGCAGGCGACACUGGCGUGCCUACUCUGAAGCCUUCCGACGGUGCAGUCACAGUCCUGUGCUUCCGCGAAGCACUCAAGGACGAUACUCACGAGAUCUUGGCGGUGGGCUGCAAAAACG